AUGGAUUCACCAGCGAGUUACUCCUGGAUUUAUCCCACUGUAAUCCUCUGCCUGUUUGGAUUCUUCUCCAUGAUGAGACCUUCAGAACCAUUCCUCAUCCCGUAUUUAUCAGGACCAGAUAAAAACCUAACAAACCAAGAGAUCACCAAUGAGAUCCUUCCAGUCUGGACUUACUCUUACCUUGUGCUGCUACUGCCUGUGUUUGUCCUCACUGAUUUCGUCCGCUACAAGCCUGUCAUCAUCUUACAAGGGAUUAGCUACAUGGUCACUUGGCUGCUGCUCUUGUUUGGCCAAGGAGUAAUGGCAAUGCAAGCUGUUGAGUUCUUCUAUGGGAUGGUCACAGCCACCGAGGUGGCCUACUAUGCCUAUAUCUACAGUGUGGUCAGCCCAGAGCAUUACCAGAAAGUCAGCAGCUAUUGUAGGAGCAUCACCCUGGUGGCCUACACAGUCGGCUCCGUGCUGGCCCAACUCUUGGUAUCGCUGGCAAAUGUUUCCUACUUCUACCUCAACGUCAUAUCCAUGGUAUGUGUCUCCAUGGCCUUCCUUUUCUCACUUAUUCUACCAAUGCCCAAGAAAAGCAUGUUCUUUCAUGCCAAAGCCAGCAAAGAUAUGCAGAAGUCACCCAGGACAAAUGCAGAGCUCAAUGAACUUCACAAGACGGAGCCUUCAGAAAUGCUCACCAUUUCCAGGAAUCUGGAUGUCAGCCAGUUGAGUAGCUCCAAGCUGGAAAAUGUGGCUGUGAGAGUCUUUGUGCAGUGGUUCCGAGAUUUGAGGGAGUGCUACUCCUCGAAGCGCCUCUUUUACUGGUCCCUGUGGUGGGCUCUUUCCACUGCAGGUUUUAACCAGGUUUUGAAUUUUGUUCAACUUCUGUGGGAUUACAAGGCACCGUCUCAAAAUUCCUCUAUCUUUAAUGGGGCCGUUGAAGCUAUUGCAACUUUUAAAGCGGCCCUGGCUGCCUUUGCCAUCGGUUAUGUGAAAGUCAACUGGAACCUUCUGGGAGAGCUGGCACUGGGGGUCUUCUCAUUUGCCAAUGCUGGUGCCUUAUUCCUCAUGCAUUACACCUCCAACAUCUGGGUGUGCUAUACUGGUUACUUGAUAUUCAAGUCAGGUUAUAUGCUUCUAAUCACUAUAGCAGUAUUUCAGAUUGCAGUGAACCUGAGUGUGGAACGCUACGCCCUGGUGUUUGGAAUCAACACCUUCGUUGCUUUGGUGAUCCAGACCAUUGUAACUGUCGUUGUGGUAGAUCCAAACGGGCUCAAUCUGCCAAUCAGCAUCCAGUUUUUAGUUUACGGCAGUUAUUUUGCAGCAAUUGCUGGAAUCUUCCUAAUAAGAAGCAUAUAUGUUAUCUACUCAGCCAAAUCCAGAAAGCCACUACAGAGCUCUGCUCCAAGUCAGAAUCCAGAUGUACCACAUCCAGAGGAGUCAAGUCCUGAGACGAAAGUAGCAACGUUCUAG